CGCAUGUUUUGCAACUCUGCAGUCUGCAUUUUGUAUUGUAAAAGUGAAUUCCGUAUAGUAAUAGUGUUAUUUUAGUUGUCAUGCAGUGUUAACGACCGAUCAUGUGUUUGCCCAAAUGUUUGUGUUUUUUAAUCAUCAAGUUCAUUAUUGUCGAGCAUCUGGACUGAAUAUUUUUUAUUGUCCGUAAGAAUGACGUAGAGGAGAUACAACAACAAAGUCCCGCGAUUUUGAAGUUGGGAUCUUGUUUCACUGAUGCAUUAACAAUUGGUAUAAUAAUAUACUUAUUCUCAACUCCAAGACAAGAAGAGAGUGAUUCAGUCCACAGUGCCUACAAAGUGCCUUGCCCUGCGAUCCGAAAAGAUUUUUCUUUCAUCUAUCCCUCGAGCGGGGAAUGGUCAGUCUCUCGCGGAAUUUACACAGUUCAGGCAGUUUACAAGGUGCUGUGUUUUUUGAUGCAUCAUUAAACAUGGAUGAUGAAGAAUAUCUUCAGCCAGUCUUGGUUUCUCAGGAGCAGCAAGAAAGUUUUCAGAAGCUUGAUACUAUUCCAAUAGUCGGUGUACCUUUGAUAUUAGGGAUAGCCUUAGAAAUAACUGGAAUCAUAUUUGUAUCUAUGUGGCCUGAUGAGCAAAAUAAAUGCAAUACCUACUUUGUCUUGCUCUACCUUCAUUGUCUCUACUGGUUGAUUAUCCUAGUAGUAGAUUAUUAUGUCAGAAUGAGACAUCAUUUUCUCAGAAUCAGUGGAUACUUGGAUUUUUACCAAUCAACUUACCAGCACAUUAGGACUCCACUGUUCAUAUCAUCCCUAUGGAAUACAGUUUACUUGCUGCUGUCUGUUAUCUUGCAUCAAAGUCACAAGACAGAUUAUGAGAGAUACUGCAGAUCUUCCCAAUGGUUCACACCAGUUAAUUAUAUUUUACUUUUAACUUCUUUUGAGUUGACAAUAAUUGUGCCAGUUUAUGUUAACUAUAUAAAAAGAGUUAUGAGAUUCAACAGAACCAGGCCACCUCCAGAUGUCAUUAGAGAGGAAUGGCUAACAUCUUUUACCCAGGAUUCUUACACAGGUGAAGUAGGUUUCCACCAGAGAGGACUGAGUCUGGCAGAAUUACUUGAGAAACAAGCAGAUCUGAUUAGGUAUUUGCGAGACCAUAAUGUUAAACUCAGUCACAAGAUGAUGCUUUUAGCGUCACAACGCAGAGCGAUGCAAUCCUAAUUUCUUUCCAUUUUCAAUUUUAAAAUUUAAUUCAUGACAAUAGUGGAAAAUAUGUGAUAAAAGUGAUUGAUGAACUUCUACUUGAUUUUGUAGAAAUGUGAGUGAUUGUAAUUUGUUGAAAAUUUCUAAAUCAUUGUUCGCAAAAAGGAUUUUAUUAGGGAUUUUUAAUCAAGUUGAAAUGAAAUAUUCGUUCUUUGGGAGAUUUCAACUGAAAUAAUAACCAAGCAUCAGCUAAAUUUUGUUCAAAGUAUACACAGUUAACAAAAAUACAUGUAAGCUUUUUUUAACGUUUAAGUUUUUGUAUUUGAAUGUAAUAACUACAGUGUAGAAUUGUAAAUUAAACCUAGGCUGUAUAAAUAUUUAAUUGUCAAGAUAAAUUAAUGAUUGGUUACGAGUUUGUUGAGGUUUAAAUACAAUAAAUUAUCAUGUUAUAACCGAA